CUAAAGUUAAUUUAAGGACUAAUAUGCUCUUCACACCAAACAUUAAGGGCAAAAAUGCAUCUUAUCCUAUAUUGAUAAAAGUGAAGUUUCAGUUUCAGUUAUGAAUUGUGAUUUUCAUUUAUGAAGCUCAGUGGAUUUGGAAUAGUCCAAAGGAAGGGAACACAGCAGCAGCAGCAGAAGAAGAAGAAAUGGAAUUAGAAAAGGUAAAGAGAUAUCUGGAGAAAGGAGGCGAAGAUGACAAGAACGGAUCGACAAUUGAAGGAAUGCCUCUCAGAUUCUUUGAACGCUUUAUAAUGCAAGGGAUUCACGUUGACCUCAUCGAAUACGGCCGUCUUGUUUGUUCCAUGAAAGUCCCUCCUCGCCUUUUGAAUUCUGGGAAUUUCUUGCAUGGUGGAGCCACUGCUACGCUUGUUGACUUGGUGGGUUCAGCUGUGAUAUACACUGUUGGCGCCCCUUUUACUGGAGUUUCUGUUGAAAUCAACGUUUCUUACCUGGAUGCUGCUUAUCCUGAUGAAGAAAUUGAGAUUGAAGGAAAGGUUCUACGCGUUGGCAAGGCUGUUGGAGUUGUUAGUGUUGAGCUCAGGAAGAAAAAAACUGGGAAAAUAAUUGCUCAGGGGCGUCACACCAAGUACCUUGCUUUUACUAGUAAAAUGUAAAUGGUUUGCUAAUUCACAGCUUCUCCUUAAUAACUCAAUUGCUUCACUGGAAUGAACAAUGUAUUUGAUACAUAUUUACCAAUAUAUUAUAUUCUAUGGAGUAUGAGAGAUUGCAAA